AUGCUCGUAUUCGUGACGGUGGGUUCAACCAGGUUCGAUGCUCUUGUAGAUGCGGCUUUAUCAGAACCUGUCCUCAGCACACUUCGUGACUUGGGAUACGGCCAGCUCAUUCUUCAACGCGGUAAUUCCGUCAUCGAAUCAGAACGGUUCAACGAGGAGAGUUGUACUAUACAGAGGCACGGUGUGGAUAUAGAGACGUGGAAGUUCAAGCCUUCCAUUCAGGCUGAGUGCGAGCAAGCGGACCUCAUCAUCAGCCAUGCUGGAUCGGGAACGAUUCUGGAUGUCUUAAGGUUGGGAAAGCCUCUUAUCGUCGUGCCCAAUCCAACCCUCUUGGACAACCACCAAGAAGAGUUAGCCUCUGCCCUUCAGAUCCUGGGUCACCUAAAGGCAACAUCGAUUCAAGACCUCGCAUCGACAAUCGCAUCAUUCGAACCUCGCGAUAUAAUUCCAUUUCCUCCCUUCGACGGGAGUAAAUUCUCUAAGCUAGUAGAUGAGGAAAUGGGAUUCAUCUAA